UUCACUAUGGUGGGCAUCAACAGCAAUGAAUCCAGUGCCACGUACUUCAUCUUAAUAGGCCUCCCAGGGUUAGAAGAGGCUCAGUUCUGGUUGGCUUUUCCAUUGUGCUCUCUCUACCUUAUUGCUGUGUUAGGUAACUUGACAAUCAUCUACAUUGUGAGGACGGAGCACAGCCUACAUGAGCCCAUGUAUAUCUUUCUUUGCAUGCUUUCUGGCCUAGACAUCCUCAUUUCCACUUCAUCCAUGCCAAAAAUGAUGGCCAUUUUCUGGUUCAAUUCCACUACCAUCCAGUUUGAUGCUUGUCUGGUACAGAUGUUUGCCAUCCAUUCCUUAUCUGGCAUGGAGUCCACAGUGCUUCUGGCCAUGGCCUUUGAUCGCUAUGUGGCCAUCUGCCAUCCUCUACGCCAUGCCACUGUGCUUACAUUGCCUCGUGUUGCCAAGAUUGGCAUGGCUGCUGUGGUCAGGGGUGCUGCACUAAUGGCACCCUUACCUGUUUUCAUCAAAAGACUACCCUUCUGUCGAUCCAAUAUUCUUUCUCAUUCCUAUUGCCUACACCAAGAUGUCAUGAAGCUGGCCUGUGCUGACAUCCGUGUCAAUGUCAUCUAUGGCCUCAUUGUCAUCAUCUCUGCCAUUGGCUUGGAUUCACUUCUCAUCUCCUUCUCAUAUUUGCUCAUCCUUAAGACUGUGCUGGGCUUGACACGAGAAGCCCAGGCAAAAGCGUUUGGCACAUGUGUCUCUCAUGUGUGCGCUGUUUUCAUAUUCUAUGUGCCUUUCAUUGGAUUAUCAAUGGUUCACCGUUUUAGCAAGAGGCGUGACUCUCUCCUUCCUGUCAUUAUGGCUAACACCUAUCUGCUCAUUCCUCCUGUACUCAACCCCAUUGUCUAUGGAGUCAAGACAAAGGAGAUCCGGCAGCGCAUUCUACGUCUUUUUCUCACAACCCCACAUACUUCAGAUCACUAGGAAUCUGUGAUGAAACCUCCCUCCAUUCAAAGUUCUAUAAUUCAUAAUUUACUAUUAGCAUCCUGGAAGACAAUAUUAAGAAAACAAAUCUUUCUUAAUCAAAGCACAGCUCGAAUCUUUCAAAGAUGAAACUGGCUGUGGAAUUUCCAUGGGAAUAGAAUAAGACCUGCAAUCUCCAUUUUCCAACACCAGAUUCCAUUUUGUUUUUUCUCUAUAUGAUUAUUAAGACCAACACUUGUGUUUUGAAGGUUAUUAUUUCCCAUUUUAUCACCACUUACAAAUGUCAAUUCAUUUUACUGAUGAUGGUUCAUAGCAUUCAGAGAUGGAGCAACACAUCAAAAAUGUUCAUCAAAGGAAGGACAAAAGGAAGAUAAACA